GUUAACUCAUAGUCUAUACAGCUACAUUAGCUAAUGGCAACAAUAAUAAACCUGCUGCUACUAUUUGCUUCAGUAGAUCUACUAGCUUACGUUUCUACCGUUCAUGGACAGGAGCUGUUGUGCAAUGGAAAUGAACUGAUUGGUCUUACUGGUGCGAUAAACAAGUCUACAAAUCAGUGUCAGCAGGGGACUCAGCAGAACUUGAAACUUUGCCCUCCGAUGGAAGUUGUGAAUCAAGCCAUUGGCGUCGAUAGCAAUGUUCUGUUUGUAACAUGCCAAGCAGAGGAAAGAGCAGCAGUUUUUGUGAGAACAGCUGAAUGUGGCUGUGGUUGUGGCCCAGGAGCUAUAUUUAACAACAUAGGAUCAAGAAAUUGUUUUCAGAGCAGUACUACUAUUCCAGGCAUUAAUAUAGUGUAUGUAAGGCCUGCGACAGACUUUAACCGACAUGUAACUGUGUACAUUGAGAACUACAAUGUGAUAAGUAGUUGUGAAAUUUCGAUUCAAUGCAUAGUACACAGGGACCACAUUUUUAAUGAUGAAGAGCUAGAGCGUUUUAAUUUUAUUGUCAGAUACGGGAAUAAUGAACCGGGAUCAGUGACCUUGACUACCAGUGAAUCCGUGGCAUCGAGUACCAGUGGAUCUGUGACCCUGACUACCAGUGAAUCCGUGGCAUCGAGUACCAGUGGAUCAGUGACCAGGACUACCAGUGAAUUCGUGGCAUCGAGUACCAGUGGAUCUGUGACCCUGACUACCAGUGAAUCCGUGGCAUCGAGUACCAGUGGAUCUGUGACCCUGACUACCAGUGAAUCCGUGGCACUGAGUACCAGUGGAUCUGUGACCCUGACCAACAGUGAAUCCAUGGCACCGAGUACCAGUGGAUCUGUGACAACUAGACAUACACAAUCUGAUUCAGACGUGAUAAUUACGAUUGCUGCUGCUACAACUCCUGCUGUAAUAGCUUUAACAUUGGGUGCAUCAGCUACAUUGAUCAUAGUGCUCUUGAUAAUAAAGAAGCAACAAUGGAGGUCAACUCCUCAUCAAGAUCCUGAUGUAGACCUGGAAGAAAAUGAAGCCUGUGGCAUACGUUUAUCAAUGAGAAUCAAUAAUGCAUAUGGCUGCAGUUCCAAUGAAGAACAGCACAUCUAUGAAGAAAUUGUACUUGAAAGUCGAGUGGAACUUGAAGCCCAUGGAACUGCAUAGAAUGAAGCAUGCACGCUCAUACAUAAUUAUAGUCC